AUGGGGGAGCUGGAGGGCCUGGGGCGCGACUACCCCUUCUCCAUCCCCCCGUUCUUCGCGCUCAUCCUGCGGGCCUUCAGCGUGAUCGAGGGCAUCGCCCUCAAGGUCGACCCAGACUACGCCAUUGUACAGGAGUGCUUCCCCUACAUCACGCGCCGCCUGCUGUCAGACGACGACCCCCGCAUGCGGGCGGCCCUGAGGGACGUCCUCUACGGCGGCAGGCAGCGCCUGGAUCUGGAGAGGCUGGUCCGCCUGGCUGACGGCUUCAGCGCGUUCACAACAGACGGCCUUGACAUGGAUGCAGCAGCGGGAGUGCCAGCCCUGGUGCAGCAGCAGCAGCAACAGCAGCAGCAGCCGGAGCAGCAGCAGUUGCAGUUGCAGCAGCGGCAACAGGUGCAGCAGCAGCAGGGGGUGGGCCAGCAGCGGCCGGCGCUGGAUCCCGCGGCACGGGACGCGCUGCUGCUGGUGUUUUCUGAGAAAGGCGGCUAUGUGCAGGAGCUCAUUGUUGAGGAGGUGGCCGCCGCCGUCGACGCCCUCUCCGCCAGCGCCGCCCAGCAGCUGCUCGCCAGCUUCCUCGCCUCCCCGCCCGCCGCCGCCGCCCUCCUGCGCCUGGAGCGCCUCGGCCCGCUGCGCCCGCUGCUGCUGCCGCUGCCGACGCCGCUUGAGCUCCUUGGGCGCGUCGCGCCGACGAUCACGCUUUCCGAGGAAGACCAGGAGGCGCUGUCUGUCGUCCGAGGAGCCCUCCAGAUCGCGCAGCGCCUGCAGGCCGCCCAGCCGCCGCCGUCCGCGGCAGGCGGCGCCAGCGCCGCCGCGGCGGCCCAGCGGCGCGGUGCCAGGGCCGCGGGCGACGCGGUGUUUGGCGCGGCGCGCACCUGCUCUUACGCGCGCUGCUGCGGCGCGCCGCGCGGCGCGCCAGCGGCCUGA